AUGGCCACACCAGACACCUCAGUUUGGCCUGGAAGCGGCACAUUACUCCUGAUAUUCAUCCAAGUGGCUUCUCGAGCGCUGACAUUCAUCGGCAACCAAUUUCUCCUGCGCUUCCUUUCGCCAACGUUGCUGGGCAUUUCCAUUCAACUAGACCUUGUGUCGACGACAAGCUUAUACUUCGCCCGCGAUAGUCUGCGAGUUGCACUGCAGCGGCAGGUCCCGGUCGCCCCAUCUCCGACUUCACCAGCGUCAGGUGAUGAGGAUGACAGCAAUAAGGGCGAGUCUACAGCUGUGCGGAAGAACCAGAGGGGACAGAAUCAGCAGCGCUCCCAAGCAUCUCUCCAGGGCCAAAUGGUCGUGAAUCUCUCGUACCUGACGAUCUUGCUCGGCCUGCUAAUAUCCAUGGUCUUUGGCUACUCGUAUCUGGCAUCGGCACCGACGGAAGCACUCUCGAGUUCGCAUUUUACUCUCUCCUUCCGAAUCUACGCUUUCGCGACGCUCGUGGAGUUACUAGCCGAACCAGCCUUUCUUUUCAUCCAGCAGAACGCGCUCUACAAGGAGCGCGCAGGGGCUGAAACAGCGGCGGCAAUGGCACGAUGUCUUACGGCGUGCGCGGUCGCAGCAUUGGGCCACAGAAAGCGCUGGGACCCUAGUAUUUUACCCUUUGCAGCAGGCCAGGCAGCGUACUCAAUCGUUCUACUGGCCCUAUAUCUCCUUCCCACGCUGAAAUCAGCACGCAGAGAUAACUUCAGCCUUGUGCCCGCAAGGCUGGGCACAUCAGCGUUGGCCAGCAACGAUCCGAACCAUCUAGAUAUGUUUCCAAAAUACCUCCUCUUCCUCAGUGGGACGAUGUACAUGCAAUCGAUAUUCAAGCUGUUGCUGACGCAAGGCGACGCCUUGAUUCUCUCAUUCCUGUCCACCCUGGCGGACCAGGGCGGUUUCGCGCUGGCGUCGAAUUACGGCGGACUGCUCGCUAGACUGGUGUUCCAGCCAGUUGAGGAAAGCAGUCGGAAUGCAUUUGGCCGGCUCCUUUCACCAGACAGCAACAGGCCGAAGAAGGCAGAGGUGGAAAAUCCCGAUGUCAGCCAGUACCGAGCAGCGUUGGAAUACCUGACGAACAUACUGCACUUCUACUUGAUCCUCGCACUGCCACUGGUCACGCUGGCGCCAUACAUUCUUCCGCUCGGCGUCAGGCACAUCCUGAGCGCGACCUGGUACACCCCGUCCACUGCCAUUCUACUAUCUACAUAUUGUUAUUACAUCCCAUUCAUGGCGGUCAAUGGCAUUCUGGACGCGUUCGUGACAUCUGUCGCGACGCCAGCGGAACUGCGCCGGCAAUCAUUGUGGAUGGUGGCUUGUACAGCGGUGUAUGGUGGCGCGGCGUGGCUCUUGCUGACGAAGAGCGGACUGGGCGCCAGCGGUUUGAUUUGGGCGAACAUGGUGAAUAUGGCUUUGCGGAUCAUGUGGAGCUUGUGGUUUAUUGCCGGCUGGACUGGGGAGAAUGGAGGCGCGAUGUAUGACCAAUUUCUCCGCGAGGCUCUCCCGUCAACCACGUCCAUUGCCAUGUCAGGUGCUAUUGUCCUCGGUUUGAGAAUGUCUGUUACGACGACUGAGAGCUUCACCCGUGAGGUAUUUGGUAUUCUGUCAGCAGGAACAGCGCUAUUGGGUUCAACCAUGUAA